AUGGUGUUCGAUUCAAUGAGCGAAUCAGCUCUUUUUGAAUUCGGACAAUAUUUAAAUACAAAUCCCUAUCGAGAACAUGCAAUACGCAAAUCAUCUACUCAUAAAAUAAUUCCUGCUUCAGCUAAUCCACAACGAUUAAAUCAUAAUAAUAGAUCAUCAGCUGCCACUUUUAAUCAAUUAAUGAAUAAUCGAAAAAGUUCAUUUACAGUCGAUCGUAUUGCCUAUAAACUUCGUAUGAAAUCGGACUUGAAUGUUGAUACCUUACGUAAUACUCCUAUGCAUUCUCGUCGAAAUUAUCAUGAAUCUCUUUCAUAUAAACCACAAAAUAAUUCUAAUCCAAAUAUUCAUGAAGCAGUCAAUAUUGUUCCAUCAUCAGCAACAACAAGAACAUAUCCUCGACAGCCAACAGCUGUUACACGGAUAACAAAUACAAUGAAAACAUUAGUCAAUGAAGAAAUCAAUGGCAUUGAAGGAAAUGCUGUGCAUGUUGGAACACUUGAUGAUCUGAUAAAACAAUCUCAUCAUGAAGAAUUUCGUAUCUAUCAUCGUGCUGUCGAAUUUUUAGACAAUGCAUCUUCUUAUUUGCAAAGUAAUCGUUUAAUAAGCGAACGAUCCGCCCUAAAGCCAACAUUAUUUUCUGCAGAACGUACUCAAAAAAAACCUCAAGCAUUAACUGUCUAUCAUUUUAAUGCUCCAACCGCCGUAUCACGUACAUCAUCUCAACAAUCUCACACAAAUCGAUAUCGAAUGAAAGAAAAACUAAAUAAUAUCGAUCUUCCUUUAAUAACGACUCAACAUAAUCAUCGGCCAAAUUCUUUGGAACGACAACGAACAUUAAUGAGUUCUCGUCAUAAACGAAUACAAGAAUCACGUGAAAAAAUCUUAAUGCACACGGAGAAACAAGUAUGUAAUUGUAAUAAAUUAACUAUUCGAGACCCAUUUAAUUCUGAACAACAACAACAAACAAUUGUAUCUUUAACAAAACAACCUUCAGUUAGAUAUAUAUUUCCACCUGUACGGCCAUUUGGAUAUUUUACAAGAAAAUCACUUGACAACUUACCAUGUGCAACGUCAUUAUCUACGAAACAUAAACUUGCAAUAAAGAAAAAACGACCACAAAUAUCAAAAGGUUCAUUCGAAUCACUCAAUCAAGGCGUAUCAGAUGAUGAUGAUAAUUCACAAGUAUUUAAUGAUACAAUCAAAUCGUUGGUCAGUUUCAGUGAUGCAGAUGAUGAUUCACAAAGCCCACCAAGUACAAGAAUUAAUUUUGAUUUAAAACAUAAUAAGCACUAA